CACAGUUUCAGAUUAAUGGCAAAUUCUUCAAAUGGUGACUUUGUAUUCAAUCCAAUGGAGAAAAAGGACUGCUCGUUUUUUGUUCAAUAUGGUACAUGUAGUUAUGGCCAGAAUUGCAAGUACAAUCAUCCCCCUCACGAUGAUUCUGCGGUUGUUAAGGAAGGAAUGACUAAAACUAUGUAUGCAGAUUACACUAGGAAAAUCCCAUGCAAGUUUUUCCGUUCUGGAUUUUGCAUGUAUGGAGCUAAGUGUGACUUUAAUCACUCAAUGCCAAAUCCUCCACUUCAAUACAACUCUGAUGAACUUCCUAUGCGAAUGGGUGUGCCACUAUGCUCUUUCUAUCUGCAUAAUCGUUGGUGUGGCUAUGGAGCAGGCUGCAAGUUUCAUCACCCGGAGUUAUACUUUGUCUCUCAAGAGUAUGGUUCUCAUGCUUCUGGUCAGGCUCAGGAGUAUGGUGAUGAGUUGUUAGGAUCGGAUGAUGGAAACUACUAUCCGCUAAGCGUUACCAACUCUCCACAACUGUUGUCAAAUUAUGCACAUGAUGGUAAUCAGUAAGAUAUGCUAGAUGUGAAAUCUUCUUUAGUUUUCUGGAGUUUGAAAAUGUUGAAGUUUGAUUUAAGGAUUGGAUGUUUGUUGAUUGACAUGUUUCUUUGUUUGAUUACAAAAUGCUCUUUUGCCCCCCAG